GCCAUUCCCCAUGGAAGUGGAAUUAUGCGAGAUUUAACAGCUCAAGUGACGAGUGGUCUUCUGCAAUUCCCAGAAGUGACUAUUCAAGCCCUUGGAGAAGAUGAAAUAACAUUAGAAUCUGUGCUUCGUGGCAGGUUUGCUUCAGGGAAAAAUGGACUUGCUUGCUUGGCUUGUGGUCCACAACUUGAAGUAGUGAACUCUGUGACAGGAGAGCGGUUAUCUGCGUAUAGAUUCAGUGGAGUAAAUGAACAGACUCCUAUAGUGCUAGCAGUGAAAGAAUUCUCUUGGCAGAAGAGAACUGGAUUGUUAAUAGGACUAGAAGAAUCAGAAGGCAGUGUUCUCUGUCUUUAUGACCUUGGUAUAUCAAGAGUGGUUAAAGCAGUUGUUCUUCCUGGAAGGGUAACAGCUAUUGAACCUAUAAUUAAUCAUGGAGGAGCCAGUGCAAGCACUCAGCAUUUACAUCCAAGUCUGCGAUGGCUUUUUGGCGUGGCAGCUGUGGUAACUGAUGUUGGACAGAUCCUUCUUAUUGACCUGUGUUUGGAUGACCUGUCAUGUAGUCAAAAUGAAGUAGAGGCGUCAGACCUCGAAGUUAUAACUGGUGUCCCAGCUGAAGUCCCGCACGUCAGGGAAAGUGUGAUGAGAGAAGGACGACACCUGUGCUUCCAGUUAGUGAGUCCAUCAGGAACGGCCGUCUCCACUCUCAGUUACAUAAGCAGGACAAAUCAGCUUGCUGUUGGCUUUUCUGAUGGCUACCUAGCACUUUGGAAUAUGAAAAGUAUGAAAAGAGAGUACUAUACACAAUUAGAAGGUGGAAGAGUUCCUGUAUAUGCUGUUACUUUUCAAGAACCUGAGAAUGAUCCUCGUAAUUGCUGUUACUUGUGGGCUGUUCAGUCUACACAAGAUAGUGAAGGAGAUGUUUUGAGUUUGCAUCUGCUUCAGCUGGCCUUUGGUGAUAGAAAGUGUUUGGCAUCAGGACAAAUCUUAUAUGAGGGGUUAGAGUACUGUGAAGAAAGAUAUACGCUGGACCUGACAGGUGGCAUGUUUCCUUUGAGGGGAGAGGCUAGCAAUACCAAAUUGUUGGGAUGCCAGAGUAUAGAGAAAUUUCGAUCUCAUGGCGACAGGGAGGAAAGCAUGAGUGAAGCCCUGUCUCCUGAUACUAGUGUUUCAGUUUUUACAUGGCAGGUGAAUAUAUAUGGACAGGGAAAGCCUUCCAUAUAUUUGGGGCUUUUUGACAUAAAUCGUUGGUAUCAUGCACAAAUGCCGGAUUCGUUAAGAUCGGGAGAAUACCUACAUAAUUGCUCUUAUUUUGCAUUGUGGUCAUUGGAUUCUGUUGUAAAUAGGACUUCUCCACAUUACAUUUUGGAUAUCUUAGUACAUGAGAGAAGUUUAAGUCGAGGAGUUCCUCCUUCAUAUCCACCUCCUGAGCAGUUUUUUAACCCAAGUACCUAUAAUUUUGAUGCCACUUGUUUGUUAAACUCAGGAGUCAUUCAUAUAACUUGUACUGGCUUUCAGAAGGAGACUUUGACAUUUUUAAAGAAAUCCGGACCAUCACUUAAUGAAGUCAUUCCUGAUGGUUAUAAUCGAUGUCUUGUUGCUGGUCUUCUCUCACCAAGACUUAUUGAUAUUCAGCCUUCCAGUUUAAGUCAAGAAGAGCAGUUAGAAGCUAUAUUGUCAGCAGCAAUUCAGACAAGUUCCCUAGGGCUUUUGACUGGUUGUAUCAAAAGGUGGAUAACAGAAGAGCAACCAAAUUCUGCUGCUAAUUUGCGUUUUGUUCUUGAGUGGACAUGGAAUAAAGUCGUUCUCACGAAAGAGGAAUUUGAUAGACUAUGUAUACCUUUAUUUGAUGGCUCAUGUCGUUUCAUCGAUCCACAAAUUAUACAAUCUCUUCAGCAGUGCCAUUUGCUUCUAAGCAACCUGAAUACAGUCUUAAGCUGUUUUGCAACAGAGGCCCAGGAGAUCACUGAGAGAGGAAUGAUGGACUUAAGCAAUAAGUGUAUGGUUACCCACCUCAUCUGUCAAUAUGCACAAGUGGUUCUUUGGUUCUCUCAUUCUGGCCUUUUACCAGAAGCCUUAGAUGAUGCUGUGCAGUUGUCAAGGUUAUGCUACAACUACCCUGUAAUUCAGAACUACUAUACCAAUCGUCGACAGAAGUGUGAGCGUUUAUCAAGAGGGAAGUGGAACCCAGAUUGCUUGAUGAUUGAUGGAAUGGUUUCUCAGUUAGGAGAUCGAGUUGAGAAGCUGUGGAAACGUGAUGAAGGAGGCACAGGAAAAUAUCCUCCUACUAGUCUGCAUGCAUUACUUGACAUAUACCUAUUAGACAACGUUUCUGAAGCAAGCAAACACUCUGUUACCAUUUAUUUACUACUUGAUAUUAUGUAUUCCUUUCCAAACAAAACGGAUACUUCCAUUGAAUCUUUUCCAACUGCCUUUGCCAUUUCUUGGGGCCAGGUUAAACUUAUUCAAGGAUUUUGGCUGAUAGAUCAUAAUGACUAUGAGAGUGGUUUGGAUCUCCUUUUUCACCCAGCUACUGCAAAACCUGUGCCCUGGCAACAUUCAAAGAUCAUCCAAGCCUUUAUGAGUCAGGGCGAGCACAGACAAGCCCUCAGGUAUAUUCAGACAAUGAAGCCAACCGUGUCCAGUGGUAGUGAUGUGAUCCUCCACCUCACCGUUCUGCUUUUUAAUAGGUGCAUGGUUGAAGCCUGGAGUUUGUUGCGACAGCACUCUAACAGGUUGAAUAUAGAGGAAUUGCUAAAGCAUACGUAUGAAGUCUGUCAAGAAAUGGGCUUAAUGGAGGAUUUACUGAAGUUACCAUUUACGGAGACUGAGCAGGAAUGUUUAGUGAAAUUUUUGCAGUCCAGCACCAGCAUUCAGAAUCAGGAGUUCCUUUUAGUUCACCAUUUGCAACGUGCCAAUUAUAUUCCUGCCUUGAAGUUGAACCAAACUCUGAAGAUUAAUCUUAUGAAUGAUCGUGAUCCUCAUUUGCGGGAGAGAUCAGUGGCUCGAAAUUCUAUAUUGGACCAGUAUGGAAAAAUCCUUCCCAGAGUCCAGCGAAAGUUAGCUAUUGAGCGAACUAAGCCCUACCAUCUGUCAACAUCAUCAAUUUUUCGAGAAGUUUCUAGACCCAAACCAUUAUCAGCAGUUCCAAAGCAAGCUGUAACAGGGACUAUAUUAACGAGAUCCGUUUUCAUUAAUAAUGUGUUAUCUAAAAUUGGAGAGGUAUGGGCAAGCAAAGAACCUAAACAUACAGUAUCACCUUACAAAAGUCUUAAAAUAGAAGAACCAUCUGCUAUAGUAUAUUCACUUCCAGAUCCUGAGGUGCCUGAGGCAUUUGUUGGAACGCCAAUUUCAAAAGCAUCACAAAAAAUUUCUAGACUACUGGAUUUGGUUGUUCAACCUGUCCCCCGGCCUUCUCAGUGUUUGGGGUUGAUUCAGCAAACACCCACAAGAUCUCCUUUGUACCUAGCAAGCAGUUCAUUGCCUUUAAGUUUACACUUGCAAGGAUCAUGCCAGUAUACCUCCAGAGCUUCAGAAUUACGUUUACUUGAAACCCCUCUAGUGGUAAAGAAAGCUAAAACUUUAGCUAUGUCAGUUAGUUCUGCUGGAUUUGCCGAGUUCACGCCUCACUCCAUCCUAAGGUCUGGUCUUCGAACAACACCUUUAGCUUCUCCCUCUCUGUCACCUGGGAGGUCUCUUACUCCUCCUCUACGACUUAAAGAAACUAGAAUUUCAUUCAUGGAAGAAGACAUGAACACAUGGGCUGCUGGAGCUACAGAUGACAACAAAAUCAAAGUGUUUGUUAGUACACCUUUCCUUAAAUGUGGAGUUUCGGCAGAAACUGAAUGGCGGAAGAAUAAAGAUAAGACCACGUCUUUUUGUCUGAAUAGCCCUGAAAAGGACUAUCAAGAAAUGGAUGUGACGUCACAGGAUACCUCCCAACCAACUUUAGAUAAACUGGAUGUGAGCAAAGAAAACAGCAGUGCCUCGGCCAGAUCAGACCAGACAUCCUUAGAGUAUCAGGAUGCACCAUUACCAGAAGACUUUGAAGAUACUGUUCUCAUUGCCUCUGAGCCAGCAAGCUCUUCCACUCAAGUAAUUACUAAUUUAACUGAACAGACUGAGAAGGAGGAAGUUAAAGAGUCAGAAGUAACUCCUCGAGGUCUGGAGAAACAGUUAGGUACUGUAGAAGAUUCAGCAGCAAAGGACCUCAUAGUUACAGAGGAGGCAUUUUCAGAAUUAAGCCGCAGUCAAGGAGUUGAAGCUUCUCUUUGUGUACCAUCAGUCCAGGAAGGGAAAAUCCUCACCCUAAAGUCCAAAGUACCAGUUUUGGAUGAAGUAUUAGUGUCUGUUGAAGCCUGCACCUCUACAAUUAGAGCAGAUAACAAUAAACCUGUAGCCAGUGUCCUUGGUGACAGUGGAAGCUCAGGGCUCACUACCUCUGAAAGUCCUAUUAUCUGUGAACAUAGGCUUGACCAGGAAAUAGCACUGAACGUAAAAGAAGAUCAUGAAGUAGAAGUUGACGUACUAAAAGAAAGUGUGGACUUACCAGAAGAAAAGCCUCCAAUUACUGACAGUCCUCCCGAUACUCAAGAAAUUCAUGUAACCGGACGUGAAAAGCUUGAAACUCAAGAUUCAGGAGAACAGGCUAGGAAUAUUUCAUUUAAUGAGUUGUAUCCCUCAGGAACUCUUAAGCUUCAAUAUAAUUUUGAUACCAUUGAGCAACAGUUUUGUGACUUGCCUGAUAAUAAAGACUCUGCUGAGUGUGACAUUGCAGAAGUAGAUGGGGAACUUUUUGUGGCUCAGAGCAACUUUACCUUGAUAUUAGAGGGUGAAGAAGGAGAAAUCGAGACAGGUGAUUCUGCACCAUCGAAUGUGUUACCUAAAGUAGCUAACACAACAACUGAGGAAAAACUUGUAUACAUUCGAGAAAAUGGUGAUCAUGGACAUGUUGCAAAUUUGCCAUCUAUCAUAACCAGCGAUCAAGAGUCCAAAAAGGUAGAGACUUUACCGUAUGUGCCUGAACCGAUUAAAGUAGCCAUUGCAGAAAAUUUAUUAGAUGUAAUUAAAGACACAAGAAGUAAGGAAAUUACUGCAGAUGCAAUGGAACAGUCUAUUAAUGAAAACAUACCUUUAAUAAGUCAAAAAGUAAUAUCUUCUACCAACUUAGUCAAAUCCCCAUUUAAGACCAUUCAGGAAACAAAUACAGUGACUAUAAAUGUCAGCCAAGUUGAUGACACGGUUUCCUCCAGAACUCGCACGAGAGGACAACGCAUCCAAAACCUGAAUAUCAAGUCAGCACAACAGGAGAAGUCAGAAGAUGUUGCUACUCCUAAGACACCGAGGCUGUCAGCUAUGAAGAAAACGAGGAAAACAAAAGAAACUUCUGAGGCUUCAGAAAGUGCCUAUUCUGAUAAGAAAGGAGUAUCUCAGAACCAGCAAAUACCUCAAAAUUCUAUUACUCCAAGGAGAGGAAGGAGAAGAAAAGAAAUUAAUCAAGAUACAUUAGAAAGCAUUGAUUCUGUGGAACAGGAACCACAGGCUAGUACAGGUAAGAAAUUAAAAAUGUUAAAAUCAUCUCAGCUGUUGGAACCAGCAACUGAAGAAACCUCUUUCAGAAAAGAAGUUAAGCUUUCAUCUGCUACAAAAAGGACUCCUAAAAGAAUGAAAAAACCUGUAGAAAAUCAGGAAAGUGUUGAGAUUGUAAAUAAUCUAAAAGUUAUUAAAGAAGUGAGUCCUAGCAGAGGUAUCAGGAAAUUGAGAAGUACUAAUUUAGAAGCUUCUGAAAAUAUACAACAGAAAGAUGAGAAAUCUGGUGACCAGCCGUUGCCUAUUCAGCGCAGUAGAAGAGUCAGAGAGAGAGAAAUUAGCACAAGGGAUGUGGUAGAAGACCCUAAACUUGAUUCAUCCCAGUUGCCUCUUCAGGCAGAAUUUGAUAUGCCUGCCACACCUAGGAAACGAGGUCGACCAAGAAAAAUAAAUCCAUCUGAAGUCGUAGGAUCUAAGCCUAUUAAGGAAGAGACAUGUCUCAAGACAGAAGUUCUCAGCAUCCAAAGGAGAUCUACAAGAAACACCCCAGCUAAAAGUGAAAAUGUUGAUGUUGGAAAACCAGUGUUAGAGAAAUUUGUCUUAGUGCCAAAUGAGGAGCUUGAUGUGGUGAUGAGCUCUAAGAAAAAGCUUACAAAGAAGACUGAAAAUCAAAGCCAAAAACGUUCAUUACGCUCAAUAUCAGAAGAGCACAUAGAUGAAAUGACACACGAAGGGCCACAUGGCCAUGAAGAAAGAUUGCUUGCCACAACUGCUAGUGGGAAAUCUUCCCGUAGCACAAGGACAAGAUCUAGCAAGGCCAUCUUGUCGGACUUUUCUGAACCAAAAAACGAGCCUUUACUUUCUCCUCCUGCAUCAAAAGUUUCAAGAAAAGUAAAAGCUGAAAAAAUAGAGACUCCUGCACAGCUGAAAGAAUUAGUUUCAGAUUUAUCUUCUCAAUUUAUCUCCUCACCUCCUGCUUUGAGGACCAGGAGGAAAAAAAUAUCCAGUGCAUCCCAGCAUAUAGAUGAACUGGAAGAUGAUGCUAAAUCACUAGAAACUGUUGAAAAGCAAAAAGUGAAAAGAAUGAGGACUGAAAAGGCAAAACAAGCAAGCAAAAACACAGAAAAAGCAAGUUCGUGGUCACCUCCUCCAGUAGAAAUUAAGCUGCUUUCUCCCUUGGCAAGCCCAAUUGAUGAUGUAAAGAGCAAACCUAGAAAAACCGCAGAAGUAACAGGAAAAGUUCUUGGAAAGGGCAGAAAGAAACUGUCUUCCUUUCCAAAGCAAAUUUUACGCAGAAAAAUGUUAUAAUUUUUUUCCAAGUUUUUAACGUACACCUAUUUAUAAAGUCAUUGGAAUUGUGUGGAUUAUUAAAAAUCACAUAAUUUGGAAGAAAAUAAUUUAUAUAAAUUAUUGUAAAUUUUUGUAAACAGAAGGUCUUUAAUAAGUAAAGUAACUCCAUAUGGAGUGUGAUUCUUUUUAGUCCAGGCAAUUUUUUUCUAUUUUAUAUUAAGACUUCAUACAUUUAUAUAAUAUGUAAAUAUGGCUUAUUGCAAUGUUAAAUAAAGUGUAUAAUUCACAGUAGUUUGUGUCUGUUAGAUUUUUGAGAGGGGAUUCCUGUUUUUUUAUAUGCUAGUAGGUAUUGAUCCCAUUUUCUUUUUCAUAGUUAAAAUAUUAGACCAAUCUUAAAAUGAGGAUAAUUGAACUGUUGAUUUUACAUUGCUAUUUUAUAAUUUAUGCACUUUGAUUCUGUGAUUAAGAUUUCUAAUCAUAAAAUGUAUUUUGUUUUUGACUGUUACUAUGUUGAAAUUGAACCAUGGGCAUGUAAUUUUGCCACCUUUUUGUAGUUUGACAAAUUUUAAGUAAUCUACCUCAAAUGAGUAAUUUUCUGAGUAAUUCAUUGGUUAACUAUAGUAUUGGCAUUUCUUGUUCAACAGGCUUAAAGUCUUUUUACCUUUAAAGUCUCUUAAUUUUUCAGAGACGAAUUAUCCAGGUUAGAUUGACCGGUUCACUGCUCACUAGCAACCUCAUUAUAGGGUUUUUGAGAAGGAAGGGAAAUGUUACAUAAAUCUGUCUGGCUAUCAGGUGCACCCUGUGUGUGCCUAAUAUUGAUAGGAUGAGAAAUCUGAACACAUUUAUUAUAAUAUUCUUGCUAUAAAGGCACUUGCUACUGAAUCACAGAAAACUUUAAUAUUCAGGUUUUUAAACUGGGAAACGAUCACAGGACCUCAGGCACAAAUUAUCAAGAAUGGAGAGAGUGUGAGUAGAUGUGGAAAAAAGAACAAAACACCUUGUUCUCUGCAGUAUGACUGUGUGCAAUUAAGCAAUGAUACUUGAUGCAGGCUAUAAAGUUCAUUAAUAAAUAAGUGUCGUAAAAUAAUUUAUAACAGGUCAUUGAUAGUAUGUAAUGAGCGGACCAUUUAUAAUUGAUUGUCUAGAAACAGACUGCUUUUGUUGGCUAAGUUUAAUGUUUUAGUGUGAAGCAUAAGCAGUGUGCUUUCUACAUUAUUUUUUUACCAAAUAAUAUGGAUAAUGAGAAAAUGAUGAAAAUGUCUAUGCCAAGUAUUGACAGUGUGAAAGUCGCAGUGCGGGUGCGGCCUUUCAGUCAGGUCAGUGAGAAAUGUUACAAUGCCUUGUGGAAAUUUAACUGACUUUGAUUUUAUUAAUUUUUUUAAUGAUAGUUAUCACACCUGUAUUUAAGCUGCUUGUCAUUUAUGGGAUAUUAAACUUAUUUAAAUGAACUUGUUAUAUGAAUAAUUUAAAGAUCUAAACAUAAUUCAGUAAACAUUUAAUUUCAUUCCUUUGCACAAGUAGCACAAUAAAAAAUACCAACAAGA